CUAUAAAAUGUUCCGCAGAGUUUACACACACACACACACACACACACAAACACACACACACACAUAAAAGUGUAAUCCCAUUGCGCGCACACGGGAGAAUGAGGAUGAGCGCAUGCGACACGCCGCCGCGGGCAGCUAUGAGACUUCGCAUGUUCUUCGUUGUGUCCUUUGCCUGGGCUUACCAUGAAACCCCAAGGUACCAGCAACGUGACCCUGUGACAUCAGAGCUUCUGCUGUGUGAUCAGUGUCCUCCAGGCACAGCAGUAGAACGCCACUGCACAUCGAACUCGGCCACUGUGUGCCAUCCUUGUCCAGAGCGCCGCUUUGCAGAACAGUGGCAUUGGGGUGAGAGCUGCCAGCACUGUACCCCAGUUUGUAAGGAGAGACAGAUUGUCAAGAGGGAGUGUAAUGCCACACACAACCGUCUCUGUGAGUGUGUACCUGGAUACCACCUCUCUGUGGAGUUUUGCGUACCGCACAGCACCUGUCCGCCAGGAUUUGGGGUCUCUAUACCUGGUACACCUGACAGUGACACGGUGUGUGAGAAAUGUCCACAGGGUUUUUUCUCAAGCAUGGUGUCAGCCACUGAACCCUGUGUUCCUCAUCGAGACUGUUCACAGCUAGGCAUGAAGACACGAAACCCUGGUACCGCCACCCAGGACACCGUGUGUGACAGAGAACUUGCUAUAGACUGCACUCGCAAACACACCGUCUGUCACGCAGACAUAACUUUGUGUGAAAAGGCCAUGUUCCAGUUCCUGUUAUCGCCUCCUCUUGCCUCUUUGGAUCUCCUAUUGGAAAGUCUUCCUGGCCGAAAAGUAGAUAAGAAGAUUGUAGAGCCUCUGAAGAAGAAGUGCAGCCCAGAGCAACAGGCUCUACAUCUACUGCGGCUUUGGAUAGAACAGAACAAAGACCAGGGGAAAUUCUACAGCAUCAUACAAGGUUUAAACCACUGUGAGAGGAAGGUGUCUCGGUGUGCAGGUCUCAAGAAUGUGACCCUGGGGGACCUGCUGGUGCUGAUGGACAGUCUGCCUGGUGAGAAGGUGAGCGAAGAGGCAGUACAAGCACUGGCGCUCUCCUGUCCCAUGCACCGCCACGUGGCACAGUUACUGCACCUGUGGAAGAGCCAGAAUGCCAGCGGAGACCUGGCCAAAGCUCUGAAUCACAGCGUGCGGCAGCUACGCUCUCGAAACGCCCCAAAAACACUGUUGCGUGCAAUCAAGCGCAUUAGCCGUGUCAUUAACGCUUCUGCACACCGACCGUACGAAAAGAUCCUCACCGGAGCACUCCGAGACGCCUCGUGCUUCAAACUCAAACCUUAUAACGACUGAAAUCCUGCAGCUGGAACCACACAUGGCCAGACCUGAAGGUCGCAUAAAGGACAUAACGAAGCCAAGACUUAUUUAAUUGAGUUGUACAUAAUUCAUCUUUCUUUGGGCAGAACGUGUGAUGGCGGAUUUAGGAAUUUUCACUACACUUUGUAAGACGAGAAAAGAAAAUAUUUUUGUUGAUGGACUGCUAUUACUGAAGCUGUAAAAUAAGGAAUGUCAGUUAUGAAUGUACAGUUGAAAAUGGAGUGCAAUUACAUUUUAUUUAAUUGUAAUCGUGUGUGUUUAAGUUUGUGUGUUUAUCCAAAUUUGCUUCAAAUGUUACUAUUUAUCAUUAUUUUUUUGUCAGAAAAACUGGACUAUUGAAGCUACAUUUAUGUAUUUUUGCUGUCUUUUUAAAAUCU